CGGGCUCUCAAGGUCAACGCUAAAUUGCGACUUGGGUCAUUGUCUGUUCUCUGUGCGCACGAAAACCGCAACCCUGCCUCUUUCGAAUCCGCCAUCUCUUCUCUUAGCGUCCGACCUGCCUUUUAAGCUGCCUCUACAUUGGAAGACUUGCAAGGUCGUCCCACAUUCAUAUUCAUCAACGGUGUUCACGUUAGUGCCGUGUCAACCUGAACAUUUACCAAUUAUCAUUCACUCUCUCGAACAGUCAAAAAUGCGUACUCGCUCGCAGAUGAUGUCGCCUGGUGGCUUCGUCUCCCUAGAUGACCACAAUGUUGCUCGCCCCACUAGAUCGACGAGAAGCAACUCGCAGCAGUCCGCCGCCGAAGAAGAACAGCCCGUCCCUCACCCGAAGGCAACGCGCGCUAAGAAAGCGUCUUCCACAAUCACCAAAAAGCCUGCCAGCAAGAAAAAGGCGACUACAAAGAAGCGCACAACGCGCCGGACUACUCGCAAAACCGGUCAAUCCGAUCCCGAGGAGACCGAACAGCACCAGAUCGAAGACAACGAGAACGCCGAACCCACCGCAUCGCAAGCGGCGCCAAUCUCACAGGAGAACGGAAGCACUGAAGUAGGCCAGGACUCCAACGCUACAGAGAACAAGAAGCGUCGUCGCCCAACCAAUGAAGACCACAACGACAACGACGGAGAGCCAAUCACCCCCGCCGCGAAUAAGCGGCGCAACCUUGGCAUUCCCGGAAGUACUCCCUUCUCUCACGCCAGUCCCUUGCCUCGCCGUGUGACCGCCAACAUUACCCCAUUCUCAGAGAGACUUCGCCGUCGCAACGCCGAGUCGCAAGGCCGCAUUUACAGAACCAGUCUUCGCAUCUCGCAGUAUCUUGCUCAGGAGGACGCUGACCGUCUCGCCUCUGAGAGGACCCCAAUUCCGGGAGAAGAUAUUUCGAUUACUGAACCUUUCCCAAGCUUCGAGGAUAUCGAACCGCACCAGGAACAGAAUGCGCAGGAACCGGAACCGACACAGCAACCGACCACUCCGGACCGUCCUGCGAGUGGCUGGAGAAUCCGCGGGCUACUGAACUCUGUCCCUCGCAGACUUUCUCGUCUCAUUCCCACUUUUGGACGGACCCCCGAAAGAAAUGAGAAUCAAGAACCAUCAACCGAACCGCUCAACCGUACACAGCCUAGAGCGUUCGUUCCUUCAAAUAGAACAGUGUCGCCCACUCCCAAGAGCAAGGGACCGACCCAAGAGCCGCAGCGUGAUCUCUCCUUCUCCCUGUUCCCUGCUACUAUUGACAGGUCUCGCUACCUUGACGAUAAACCUAGACCCAACCCCAAGUCCGUCCAACAGAUCCCUGCCGCGGCUUCAGCCGAAGCUCCUGAGUCUUCGGCCGUUACAUCGAACCCCAAAGAUUCUGGUGAUUCCAUUGCCGAAGCCAGCAUAACUGGAGGCCGCAAUUCUGCUUCAGGAGAGUCUAGCACCUCCACUCCAAACCAGAAGAAGCGCAAGCGGGCCCCUUCCCCUGAUGUGAUCCCUAACCCGCCUGGAUGCAGCUAUGGAAUGUACGAGGACUAUUUCGUGAUCUCAGACGAUGAAGAAGAAGAAGAAGAAGAAGAAGAAGAAGAUGAAGAGCCUGCACUCCCACAAUCCGAACCCAAGAAACAAGACGUGAAAGGAAAGUCCGCCAUUCGCAGUCUUCUCCGGUCCGAGCGUCCAGCUUCGAAGAAAGUUCGAUUCGAUGCGAGUCCCCAGGAUACCCCAUCCAAGCUUAGAAUGAAGCCUCGUGCAACCGAUCCAUACACUGGACAGCAUUUCGUCGGCAUGGAUCUGUCUGGCGAAUCGGAUAACUCAUCCUCGUCUCUUCCUCCCAAUACCGCUCCACAGGCCGAACAGUCCACUGUUUACCCGGAUCCGCGGAGUCGCCCAGGCUUCGUUCCCAAUCGUGAUGGUACUUUUGAAACCCCCUAUUCUGAUACUUCUUCUGAUGCCUCAGAAGAAGAUACCCCCGCUCCUGGCUUUGUUCCCAAUCGGGAUGGUACAUUCGAGACACCUUGUUCUGACACCUCCUCGGAAGCUUUGGAAGACGAGGCUACAGGUUUCGUUCCCAACCGCGCCGGUACAUUCGAGACUCCCUAUUCGGACUCCCCAUCGGAACCCAGUGCUUCUACCCUCGAAUCUGUGCCCGAUACACAGACCAUUUCACCAAUUGAAGCUCCUUCGCAGCCUCACGUUACUGAGAGCACAUCAUCCGAAGAGACUCGCGUGACUCCGCAGCAGGCGCUUGUCCCUCCUACUACUCCAGCCAAGGUCGAAGAUGAUGCUCUUGCUCGAGUCCGCUUGCAAGCAGAGAAAUACAAACCCAAGACGCCCAGUGGACUCCGAACUGCGAGCCGCUAUUCGAGCCCUUUGACUCUUGCUACUACCCCUGACACAGUCUCCGCACCUAUUGCUACUCCCAGCACGGUCCCUGUACCUGUCGCUAGUCCCGAGCGUGCAUCCAGCGCUGAGGACUUCGGUAACGACCAAUUCGCUCGCGAUGCUCAGUGGCUCUAUGAGAAUUGCCCAACUGGAGACCUCUCUGAGCUUGUCUGGCCUGAAGCUGAGAGUUAUGAAGAUAUGGGCUUCAGUGCCGAGGCAGUUCGCAUCGCCAAUGAAAUGUGGGAUCCUUCAGUGGUCGACCACGCUUACGAUAAUAUCUGGACGCCCGGCUUGGACGCGUUUAGGCGCGAAAUGGAAUUUGGAUUUUCGCACGCUGCACUUGCAUAAAAACUUGCCUUGAUAACUGCUAUUACUGAAUCAGGUCGAAAGUUGUUCGGGUCU